UAUGAUUGAGAAAUAAUGUCUGGUGAAGUCGUGCAAAGCGGAGUAAACUGAGGUGAAUAGCUCCCAUGACCUAAUUCAUGUAGUCGGGGUAAUGCAGUCAGCUGACGGCAGAGGAUAUAUUUAGUUGACAGCAAAAAAAUAAAAAAUUAAACAGAAGUGCACGUAAUGUCGCACAGCGUUAUGAUCAUGUGAUUGCUAAAAGUGUCAAUUUUGAAAAUCCUAAAAGGAGGUUGGAAAUUAGCCAUUGAUAGAGGGAGGGAGACGUAAUGUAGGCCUUGGUUGGCUGAUGAAAGUCUCCAGAGAGGGCAGCGUGUGUUUAAAAGACCCAAAAGGAUGAAAGACUGUCAGAUCAUUUUCGAGUGCAGGAAAAUGGGCAUCUCGCAUCAGAGCAGAAAAACCUCGCCCGCAAGCUGCAAAGCUUCGAGCCAAACGUCGCCGAGACGCCCGGCGCCCGUUCGGACUUCGCGCAUCCGAGCGCUACCGCUUCGAAAUACUCUUCCACGCAAGCUCGGCGGGCAGACGCGCAGGCUGCCUUCGCACGUGGCGCAGACGCACAGGGCGAGCGUGCAGACGCGCAGGGCGAGCGUGCAGCCGGCGGCACAUUCGGGUUGCACCUUCUCCUGCUAUCUCUGCUAUUGUUGUUACUGCUGCUGCCUCACAUUGCUCUCCUUCUCUUUCCUCCUCCUCCUGUCUCCAACUCCACCCUCUGACUCCUCGUCCACUUCCCCUACCCCCGCGCCAACAUCAACUUCCCGUGUGGAUGAACUUUCGACACCUCCUGACGUCAACUUGACUGUUUCUGCCGCGUCACCCCGCCUCACCUCUGACGAUUCUGUCGUCCUCCGCCGCACUUGCGCUCCUGAACUGCUCACCCCCACCACCUCUCCUCCUCCCUCUUCUGGCUCCUCCUUCUCUUUCCAUCGCCACAUGCUAUGUCGGCCGUGGCCAUCUUCUCGUUCUCUUUCCUCCCUGCUCCUCUGCCCUCCCAGCUUUGGGGAUCCCGUAUUGUCCUACGCGUCCACACUGGACCACAUCCCCACCCGCCCUCGGACUCUACUACGUCAACAGAGUCUCCAACAGCCCCUCAUGAACCCGCCGGGCUCCGGAUUCGACCAGCCGCCCACCACGUCCCAGAGUUUAGGGCAGUUACACACGGCACCCGGACAUCCUGCGGGAGGCGGGGCCGCUGGGAGAGGAGAAGCAGGCGGUGGCGAGGGCGGGGGCGCAGGUAAAAGAGCUGCUCCACGGGCCGCACGAGGCGGCCCCGCAGGAGCGGGCGCCUCUCGCUAUCGAGGAGGCGGCGCAGGAGGGCGCUCGCGGGCCAAUCCGGGCAGUUGGGAUUACAUGAUGGACCAGAUUCGGAAUCGCGGCCUGGACGUCAAAUCCUUCCUCGAAGGGAAGCUGGUGGUCCUGUCUUUGGCCAUCGGUGUGGCCGAGCAAGACGACUUUGCCAAUAUCCCCGACCUGCAGGAAACGCAGCAGCAGCAGCCGGUCCCAGCGCCCAGUCAGGAGCCCCCUCUCGAGAAGAGGGGCAACAAGCCAGCGAACAGUCCCAAAGGCCAACCUCCUGAUGGCGAUGGCCACUCCUCCGUGACCGACCUGGCUAACUCCCUCACUGGAGACAUGGUGAUGCUGUCUCCAGGUUCAGAAGAUGAUGACGGCGAGGGUCCAAUCAGUGAGAAGCUUGGUCGGAUCCAGUUCAGUAUAGGCUACAGCUUCCAGAACACAACCCUUACUGUCAAACUUCUCAGGGGCCAGGAGCUCCCGGCCAAGGACUUCUCUGGUACUUCAGAUCCCUUUGUCAAAAUCUACUUGCUGCCUGAUAAGAAGCACAAACUGGAGACCAAGGUCAAGAGAAAGAACCUCAACCCCCACUGGAAUGAAACCUUCCUAUUUGAAGGUUUCCCCUAUGAGAAGGUGAGAGAGCGCACACUUUACCUUCAGGUGUUGGACUACGACCGCUUCAGCAGGAAUGACCCCAUUGGAGAGGUCUCCAUCCCACUCAACAAGGUGGAAUUGGGUCAGAUCAAGACCUUCUGGAAGGAGCUCAAACCCUGCAGUGACGGCAGUGGGAGACGAGGGGACUUGCUGGUGUCUCUCUGCUAUAAUCCCACUGCCAACACCAUCACUGUGAACAUCAUCAAAGCCCGUAAUCUCAAAGCCAUGGAUAUCGGAGGCACCUCAGAUCCCUACGUGAAGGUGUGGCUGAUGCACAAAGACAGACGUGUGGAAAAGAAAAAAACAGUUACAAUGAAACGCUGUCUCAAUCCCAUCUUCAACGAGUCCUUCCCCUUCGACGUUCCCGCCCACGUGCUGCGGGAGACCACCAUCAUCAUCACUGUCAUGGACAAGGACAGACUCAGCCGCAAUGACGUUAUCGGCAAGAUCUACCUGUCGUGGAAGAGCGGUCCAGCGGAGGUGAAGCACUGGAAAGACAUGCUGGCGCGGCCGCGCACCAACGUUGCCCAGUGGCACGCUCUCAAGGCCUGAUGGCACCGCCCACUUUCCUCCAUGCCCCCCCCCCCUUCCUCUGUCCUCCCAGUCCCGUCCUUAUGCACAAGACUGACUUGCUGCCGGGCCGCGAAACACGGGUACAAUUAGCCAUCUGCUCUCUUAAACCUUUAAACUCUUUCUCUUAUUCCUCCUUUCAUACGCUUCUGUCUCCGUUUUUCUUUCCCACCACUCUGUCAAUGUUUCUGUUUUUGACUCCUUCUGCACUUCUGACCUUAGUUUCAAUCUGCGGCCCCCUUUGGUCCUGAACUGCACUGCAGCCACUGACCCGUGAAGGUGCCAGUCCCUUGGGAUCACAUAGAAUCUUAAAUAACUUCAUAUAGUGUAUAAUAAUUUCAGAACACAAUACUAUCCAGUAUGUACUGUAUGUACAUAAACAUGAAUAUAUUAAUUAGGCUUCUAGAUUGGCCGUUCCCUCUUACACAAACAUCCGUCUGUUGCUCUUUCCAUUCAUUUGUCUUCAUUGUGCUGUAUCUUCCAUUAUGUUGCUCCCUCCUUUUAUGUGCAGUUAGUGUGGUUUAAUGUUUGGCUUAAGCCGUAGAAAGCAAUCAGUCCUUGUUUUUUUGGGGUUUUUUUUUUUUAUGAAACCAGCUGAGCUCAAGAUGGUAUUGUUGAUACUCGUCUCUCUCGUCUUUUCUCUUCUAUUCUCUCAUUUCCUCUUUAUUGUUCCCUUCUUUCUUAUCCUCUGGCACAAUAUUAGUGCCCCCCACCCCGACAACCGCCACCCCCCCCUCCCCAUGUCGUCUGUGUGCUGUGGGUGCUGUGCUGUAGCUCAAAACAAAACUAGAGUUUAAAAGAUAUACUGUACAUGUACUGAACUUUUCCGAAGCUGGAAAAGCAGGAACACGACAAACUCAUGAGGCGGAUCACUCCUGAUUUUUUCAGAAAAUAAGCCCUUGACCCGGAGAGAGAAAAAAGAAGACGUGGCGGAAAACAAAACAAAACAACAACUCUAAAUCCCAGACGCUACGAUGAUGUCAUUUUUUCACAGCGAAGGAGGGAACCACUUUCAAAUGUUCUCGCGACAAAGGCAACGCAAAGGUUGUGCUGUUUUGUGUGCAUGCCUUCCAAUGUGCGCGCUCACUUCAAUUUGUGGAUUGAAUUCUUUGUGCUGCCCUGUGCUCUUGUUUUUGCCCUGUUGUGCUGAACAUCUCAAAGAAUCGCUCCAUUCUCCCAAACCUGUUUGCCUCCGUGGCGCAUCUGGUAUUAAGUGUGUGUGCGCGCGCGUGCGUGGUGGAGCAACACGAUUCAAGUCUUCUCUUUUCUCUUUCUCUCUUCUUACUGCCAUCGCUUCCCCAUCCUCUUUUACUGCCCUGCCUUCUGAACGAGGGCACGGGGGAAGUUCUAUCUGCACUUUUUCAAAACGUAAUAAUAAUAAUAAUGACAACCUUGAGGUUGAGGAUGGUUUUGAUGAUGAUUAUAGUAGCGGUGAAAAUGAAGGGAGGAAUGAGCGAAAAGGCAAGUUGGGGAGAGGUCGCCUCUGCGCUGUGACUUGAGGGCGUGGAGAUGCGGAAGAAGACACGGAGGACGGAUGAAGGGCUCUCGUUCGCCUCUUUUUGUGCCGCUUGUUAUUUUCGGCGUGUUCGCUGGCGUGCAUUUGAAUAUUUCCUCUUGGCGCUUUGCUGUGGAGAGAAAGAUCUCGUCCUUGCCUCGCUUGUCAUAAUGAGGCUCGCCGAGCCAGUAUUGUGACAUAACGUGUUAAAAGCAUGAUCAGAGCUUCGACUGGGAGAGCAACGUCGUCUGUAUGUUGUCUGCCGGUGUCGCGAUCAGUCAGGCCGGGAGUAGAUUCUGACUUUGUUGCUGACCCCCACCAAAAAAAAGUUAACAUGGAAUUUUGUUUCGCACUCCGUGGGUGUGAUUUUUGAGGAUGGACUGAUCUGUGACUGUGAGAUAGUGGAGAAGCAGAUAAUCUUUUUCCCGGGGUGCUUGAGAGCAGCGCUGUGUUUUGUCAGCCACAGUCAACUCAAAUUCGCCCACAGUAAAUAAAAUAGAUUUCCACGGACAGCAUGGAAGAACCUUUUUUUUUUUUUUUUUUUUUAAUCCAAUCUGGGAGUGUUGGUGUAUCAAAUUUACAAGAAACAUUUAACAAUUAACGUUUAACAAUUGCACUUGACAUAGGGGUUGCCAUUGAUCAUGCUGUUGUGUAUUUUUCUUUUGUUAAAAAAAAAAAUAAUUUCGUGAAAGUUCUGCUAGGCUCAAUAGCAAAAGGCUUAAAACUGCUGGGUCAAAACUAACUCAAGUUGGGUGCAAUAGGGUCUAACCCAAUCUUGGGUAAAGGUAACCCAAUUAGCUUAAAAUCCACAGUGAGUGUGUUAGGAAAACCCUCUAGCAUUUUUUAGUGUUUGUAUAACAAUUUGUUACCAGGCAGUACAAUUUGCUUGCUCCUCUGGAUUUGUUCAUUUUAUUUCUUUUAUUUAAUCUCAUUUGCUGCAUUGUCAUGUAGAGAGCAGAGAUAACCUCUGUCUUCUGUUUGGCUCUGCAUUAGAGAGACAGGCCCGAGUUAGCAAGUGUGAGUAGUUGGCCACUGAAGCGCACAAGCAACAAACUUCGCUUCAAGAUGAUGUCAUUGCCAUCAGCUAAAUCUCAAUCUUAGCCUUAUCUGCACAAGAUUAGACAUCUCCUCUGCCUCUAAGCUACUCUGGCCUGUUCGUGUGUCCAUUCCUUGGACAGAAGGGAACACAGUUUGCUGAGGCGACAUUUGCCAGGAAAAAAAAAAUGGAGUGUGCCCUCAUUAGUAAUCAUAAAGAUGCUGGAAAAGGCUAAAAUGGAGGAAGAUAAUCACCCAGCCGGUUUCCUAAGGUGAAAAUGCAGGUGAUGCACUUGCACUGCGUUUUCGUUUCAACGUGAUUACACAGUGUUCAAGGAGGGAUAAAUCGCCCCACUCGACCCAGUAAACUGGCAUUAUUCGAGUUUUGUGUUCUGCUGCUGCUGCUGCAAGUAGAAUUGGGGCAGGUAGCUUGCUAGGUGGCACAGUGCUUUUGUUUUCCUUCAUGCAAAUUUGUAAAGUCACCCUAUCACCUUGGUUUCAACGAAAAUAUCCCUUAGGCACAAUUUGUGAUAUGAUCUAUGUUUUUUUGUUUUUGUUUCCAUGAUUACAUCUAAUGCAAACCAAAUGAAUAGUCAUACUCAAGGUUGCGAAGUGAAUAAACAUUAGGAUGCACUUUUUAUGAUUAUUCCAAAAGUUGCAUAACAAACAACCUCUCUUUGCCAGCUGCUCUAAAAGCAGCACAAUUAGAACGAAGGCCAUUUGAAACAAUAUAAAAGAGAAAGCAAUUUGCCAACCUAACUUUUUAUGGAAUUAGCACUUGUCGCCGUGACAGUUGUGACCAGACCAGAGUUAAUUUUCAGGUUUUAGAAAGUUUUACGUCUGACUAGCCAAAACCAGUCGCCACCACUGUUGGAAAAAUGCUGCUGGUGUGAUGUCAUCAGGGAAGGCGUGCAUGCAUAGAUUGGAACAGCUGAAUCAGCAAAUUGUCGUUUUGGGUCGUGUGUGAGUCGCAACCUUACGCAGGCAGACUCGACCUCCAGCCCCAAACUCGCCUUUGGACUCGUUUGAAGCAUUUGUUAAAAACCAGUGUGACUUCUCCCAAUCAGAGUUGAAGCAAGCGUUAUUUGAAUUGUAACAAUAACGAGAGUCAAUAUAUAUUUUUCUUUUUGUUCACAUUUGAUUGUCGGUCAGUAUGUGUGUGUGUGUGUGUGUGUGCUAUGGUGUUCUUGUGUUGGGUUUCUUUCUUUCCAAACGUGAUAUGGAAAUGCUUCUGUUUUUGACAACUUUAUGUAAAUAUCCUUGGUGGAAAUGAACAUUUGUUGUUCAACGAGUUUUCCUUUGUCACUUGAAAUGAUGAAGAAAACACGUUCGUGAUAACAGUGGUGAUGUUGACCAUGCCGAUUCUAACAGCCCUUCUUGAAUAAGGGCUUUUGAUGUCCGCUGUAUUUUUGUGGGAGGGGGUCCCUGCACUUGGAGGAGGAAAAGGGGAAGGAGUGCUAGCCGAUGCAUCCCGGGCCCACUGUAGCAACACUGCCACGUAGCUUUGCUCCUGGAAAUUGAAUGUGGGAGGAGCCUGAGCCACUAAUGCACUCAUAUGUGUUUUUAUGCCAAGCAUCAAAAGGCCGUCGCUCUGCCCCGCCCGCGCCCGUUCGUCUCAUCCUGUCUUCUUAUAGGCUUUGGGAUUGACUCUAAUGCCAUUGUGUUGGACAGGAUUGACCAUGCUCACACGCUGAUGAUGCCAGAGCAAAUUUGGAGGCGGGCAUUAUCCAGCUAGAGGCCGGAAGUGGAUAAGCACCCAGCAACCCUGAGGAAUAUUUGCGUGUAUUUGUCUCAUUUAGCACCACAAAAGCGUCUUGCUAGCUUCCGCGGGGAAAUUUAGCGAGACAAAUUAUUGGAUUAGAGGUACCUGCAAACUAUCAACACAUGUUGGAGAAUUGACCAACAAUAACUUUUUUUUUUUUUUAAUCAUCAGAUUUUGACCAGAAUUGAUUGACAAAGCCACAUGCCAAAAUUGAAAACGCACAAUCUGGCUCCCAUUAUUUCCAUCCAUGUCCACUGUAAUGACGACUAUGGUUUCCCAUUUCAUAUUUCAGACCGGCCCCAACCACAAAAGUGCUACAGUUACUCCAGCAGCCGGCAAAAAGGACUGUCAAUGGGCUCUGGCCUCCAUUUGUAAUGUCAUCCCAUCGCAGGGGGGCGGGGCGGGGCGAGGGCAGACAACGCGCAUUUAUCGAUGCUCUAAAAAUAAUCUUUGACUCCACAUCCAUUUGCUCUCUCUUGCCGGUUGAAGUAAUAAUAAUUAUAAAAUAAUAAUGCAGCUUGGAUCCACUGCCAUCAUGUGUAGGAAAUCGAAGGGGUGGGGGGUCAUCACAGUUCUUUUGGGAUGCUGCGACUAGCACUUGCGUUUCUUCACCUCCUCUCGGGACUUGCCGUGGCUCACCUCCUCAACAAAGAGUGCUCAAGCUUAAAUACACACAAUUGUGAUGUGUACAAUCUAAUUCCAUGUAUUGAUUUCUUUCUGUAUUUUUGCCAACUUUGUAAAGUGUAUAAAUAUCUAUAAAUAUAUGAACAAGACAGUACUGUAUAGAUUUUA